AUGGACUUCGUGAGGCUUGCUCGGCUCUUCUCCAGCCCCCGCCCCGUGGGACUGUCCAUCCUGUGCCACCUUGACCCUCUCAGAGCCCAGUGGGCUGGAGGCAGGGAGGGACCCGCGUGGCCUAGGGCCGCAGGGUGGAUUCGGCCAGCGCCAGCAGCCUUCUCCAGCUCUCUCUCUCAGCUGCCCCUCGGCUCGCAAGGCCAGAAGAACACAGGCAGCCUCAGCUCUGACCCCGGCCAGCCCAGCCCCACGGCCACCCAGGAGGAAGGGGAGGAGGAGAGCUUUGGGAUGCUCUCCGACAAAUACUCGUCUCGGAGAAUGUUCCACAAAUCGACAGCCCAGCUAUAUAACCUGCGGCUCAAGGAACAGAAUAUUGAAGAAGAUGAGGAAGGGGAGCUGGAACCAAAACCACGGCGGGGCCCCAGAAACACCCCUUACUGGUUCUUCUUUCAGUGCAAACGCCUGAUCAGGGAAGGAAAGCUGGCCGAGGCCCUGGACCUGUUUGAGAGGCAGAUGCUGAAGGAGGAGUGCCUCCAGCCCCUCGAGUGCAACUACACGGUGCUGAUCGGGGGCUGCGGGCGGGCCGGCUACCUGAAGAAGGCCUUCAGGCUCUACAAUGACAUGAAGAAGCGGGACCUGGAGCCCUCAGACGCCACCUACACAGCCCUGUUCAACGUGUGCGCCGAGUCCCCCUGGAAGGACUCGGCACUGCAGAGCGCCCUGAAGCUACGGCAGCAGCUUCGGGCCAGAAACUUCCAGCUCAACUUGAAAACGUACCACGCACUGCUGAAGAUGGCCGCCCUGUGCUCGGACCUCAGGAUGUGCCUGGAUGUGUUUAAGGAAAUCAUCCAGAAAGGGCACGCGGUCACAGAGGAGACCUUCAGUUACCUGCUCAUGGGCUGCAUCCAGGACAAGAAGACCGGCUUCCGGUACGCCCUGCAGGUGUGGAGGCAGAUGCUGAGUCUGGGGCUCCAGCCAAGCCAGCAUGGCUACAACCUGCUGUUGGGGGCAGCUCGGGACUGUGGGCUGGGGGACCCGGCGGUGGCCUCGGCGGUGCUUCUGAGGCCCAGGGAGGAGAUGGCUUUGUUCCAGCCCCCGGCCGGGGAGCGGAAGACCAGGAGGAGAGCCCAGGUCAGGCCAGACUGCAGCCUAUUGGCCAAGCUGCACGUGGAGGCCCUAGAGAGGCAGCUGUUUCUGGAACCUUCUCAGGCACUUGAGGGGCCUCCGGAGCCUCAGGAGGCCAGAGUCCCCGGCCAGGCCCAGUCUGGGAUGGAGACCAAAGCAGAGCCCGACCACACGGUGGCUCUCAGCUCUGUGGCCCCGAAGCCCCCUCCCUGGGGGCUGGAGGCCAACCUCCUGACCCCGGGGGCGGCCCCCUUGGCUGUGGUCUCCUUUGGGACCGUGAGCACCCCCGCCGACAGACUGGCCUUGAUGGGCGGCCUGGAGGGCUUCCUCGGCAAGAUGGCAGAGCACGGGCUCCGCCCCGACAUCAAGACCCUCACGCUGCUGGCGGAGGUGGUGGAGCCCGGGAGCCCCGCGGAGUCCUCCCUGCUGGGCCUGCUGGACACGCACGGGGUGGAGGCCGACCUGCACUUCCUCAACACGCUGGUGAGGAAGAGGAGCAAGCGGGGCGACCUGGAGGGGGCAAAGGCCCUGCUGCCUGUCCUGGCAAAGAGGGGCAUCGUCCCCAACCUGCAGACGUUCUGCAGCCUGGCCAUCGGGUGUCGCAGGCCAGAGGACGGCCUGCAGCUGCUCUCGGACAUGAGGGAAUCCCAGAUGACCCCCAACACCCACAUCUACAGCACCCUCAUCAACGCGGCCAUCAAGAAGCUGGACUACGCCUAUCUCAUCGACAUCCUGAAGGACAUGAGGCAGAACAGAGUCCCCGUGAACGAAGUGGUCAUCCGCCAGCUGGAGUUCGCGGCCCAGUACCCACCCAGCUUUGACCGGUACAAAGGGAAAAACACCUACUUGGAGAAGAUUGAUGGCUUCCGGGCUUAUUAUAAGCAGUGGCUGAAAGGGAUGCCAGCGGAGGAAACCCCCCACCCGUGGCAGAAAUUCCAGACGAAACCAAAAGGAGACCAGGAUACCAUCACCGAGGCUGAUAUGGACAAAGGCCCUGGGGGCAGGUGA